AUGGCUCAAGACCACACCCCACUACUCUCUGCCAUUAGUCGUAUCCAUCUCGUCCAUCUCGUGUUGUUGCACGUUGGUUGUAAUAAUCGAGUUUUUGUCGUCGGUACCAAUAGAUCGAGUUAUCACCGCUCUCGGCUGAAGCCCGCCGUCCGACGACCUCCGCCACUCACGAUGGAGAUAACGAAGGAAAAAAAAAAGUCACAAAGUGAAGAAUGGAGUGCUAACUCGUCUCCAGGGGCCAAAUACGCGUCGGCCAUGGCCUUCCCCUUGUCCAGCACAUCAGCUGGAACGGCAAUGGCAAUUAGGAUCAUCUGUUACCUGUUCAAUGAGUCGAUAGUGGUGACAACUUUCAGUUUCAUCGGUUCAACUGUGGCCCCUGAAUCAUUUCUUGAUGCCCGCAAAAGCAGAGAAUCAAGUUCUUCCAAGGCCCUACAGAUAUUGCACCCAAGUCAAAAACUCCACAAUAAAAGAAACAAUACCUUAGACACCGAUCAACCUCGUCAAAAGCAGAUUUUCCGUUUCCAGCAUCAGAGGCAUAUUGUGCUACCUGCAUUGUGA